AUGUCAGGCUACAAUCAAGGCGGCCAUUACGAUGAUGGCUACGGCCAACAUGGUGGCCAUGGGGAUUCCUAUUACCAGGAUGAACAUCAUGGCCAGGCUUACUACGAUCCCAACGACUAUGGCGAUGGCUACUAUGAUAGAGGAGGAUACUAUGCCGAUGGUGGACAUGGUUACCAGCAGGACGGCGGGUACUAUGACGCUGGCCACCAGGACGAUUACUAUGGCGAGCCCUACUAUGACCAAGCGAACGGCCAGCAAAGAGGACGACGUCGCGGCGAUUCGGAGGAAGACUCGGAGACGUUCAGUGAUUUUACUAUGAGAUCCGAAACGGCACGUGCGGCGGACAUGGACUACUACGGUCGCGGGGACGAACGCUACAACAGCUAUGCCGACAGCCAGUAUGGUGGACGUGGUGGAUAUGGCUACCGUCCGCCCUCCUCCCAGAUCUCCUACGGAGGCAACCGGUCGUCCGGAGCGUCGACUCCCGUCUACGGCAUGGACUACGGAAAUGCUCUGCCUGCUGGUCAGCGAUCCCGGGAGCCGUAUCCGGCGUGGUCCUCUGAUGCCCAAGUUCCUGUUUCCAAGGAGGAAAUCGAGGACAUUUUCCUCGACCUGGUCAACAAAUUCGGUUUCCAAAGGGAUAGUAUGCGUAACAUGUACGACCACCUCUUAACACAGCUAGACUCGCGUGCCUCCCGUAUGACGCCAAACCAGGCACUCCUUUCUCUGCACGCUGACUACAUCGGUGGUGAUAAUGCGAACUAUCGUCGUUGGUACUUCGCGGCUCACCUUGAUCUCGAUGAUGCCGUGGGCUUUGCCAACAUGAAGUUGGGCAAGGCGGAUCGAAAGACCAGAAAGGCCCGCAAAGCGGCCCAGAAAAAGGCGAAAGAGAACCCGGAGAAUGUGGAUGAGACUCUUGAAGCACUCGAGGGCGAUAACAGUCUCGAAGCCGCCGAGUACCGGUGGAAGACCCGCAUGAACCGCAUGUCGCAGCACGACCGAGUCCGUCAAGUGGCCUUGUACUUGUUGUGCUGGGGCGAGGCUAAUCAGGUCCGGUUCUUGCCCGAGUGUCUCUGUUUUAUCUUCAAGUGCGCGGAUGACUACUAUAGUUCGCCAGAAUGCCAGAACCGGGUUGAGCCCGUCGAGGAGUUUACUUACCUGAACGAAAUCAUCACUCCUCUUUACCAGUACUGCCGUGAGCAGGGCUAUGAAAUCUCCGACGGAAAAUACGUGCGCAGAGAGAAGGAUCACAACCAGAUCAUUGGUUACGAUGACAUGAACCAACUUUUCUGGUACCCCGAGGGUAUCGAGCGAAUUGUAUUCGAAGACAAGACCCGCCUUGUUGACAUUCCAACCGCUGAAAGAUGGCUCAAGCUGAAGGAAGUCGAUUGGAAGAAGGUGUUCUUCAAGACAUACAGGGAAACCAGAUCUUGGUUCCAUAUGAUCACGAACUUCAACCGUAUUUGGGUCAUUCACUUGUGUUCUUUCUGGUUCUUCACCGCGUACAACGCCCCGACUCUAUACACGAAAAACUACCAACAGCAGUUGAAUAAUAAGCCUCCCGGCUCCUACUACUGGUCUGCUGUUGGUUUCGGUGGUGCCCUGGCCUCUUUCAUUCAGGUUUUGGCUACUAUUUGUGAAUGGAUGUACGUCCCGCGACGGUGGGCCGGUGCUCAGCACCUCACCAAGCGACUGAUGUUCCUCCUGCUGAUGUUCAUCAUCAACCUGGCCCCUGGUGUGGUUGUUUUCGGCUUCAAGAAGCAGAUCGGUGAAACAAUUGCCCUGGUCAUUGGUAUCGUUCACUUCAUCAUUGCACUGGUGACCUUCUUCUUCUUUUCCGUCAUGCCGCUUGGUGGUUUGUUCGGUAGCUACUUGAAGAAAAAUGGUCGUCAAUACGUUGCCAGUCAGACAUUCACUGCCAGCUGGGCACGUCUCCAGGGCAAUGACAUGUGGAUGUCCUACGGUCUUUGGGUUUGUGUUUUUGGAGCAAAAUUGGCUGAGUCUUACUUCUUCUUGACUCUCUCCUUCAAGGAUCCCAUCCGUAUUCUUUCUCCAAUGCAGAUCCAGCGGUGCUCUGGUGUCCAAUACCUCGGAACUGUGCUGUGUUAUCGUCAGCCGCAGAUCUUGCUCGGCCUGAUGUUCUUCAUGGAUUUGACCCUCUUCUUCCUGGAUAGUUACCUCUGGUAUAUUAUUUGCAACACCGUUUUCUCUGUUGCAAGGUCUUUCUACCUUGGUGUUUCUAUCUGGUCCCCAUGGAGAAACAUCUUCUCUCGCCUCCCGAAGCGUAUCUACUCCAAGGUUCUUGCCACCACGGACAUGGAGAUCAAGUACAAGCCAAAGGUUCUCAUUUCACAAGUCUGGAACGCAAUCAUCAUUUCCAUGUAUCGCGAACAUCUGCUGGCUAUUGACCAUGUCCAGAAGCUCUUGUACCACCAAGUUCCUUCUGAACAAGAGGGUAAGCGGACUCUGCGUGCCCCAACUUUCUUCGUAUCCCAGGAAGAUCAAUCUUUCAAGACCGAAUUCUUCCCCCCGGGAAGCGAAGCUGAGCGCCGUAUUUCCUUCUUCGCACAGUCCCUGUCUACUCCUAUGCCCGAGCCCUUGCCUGUCGACAACAUGCCCACUUUCACUGUCCUGAUUCCCCACUACAGCGAGAAGAUUCUCUUGUCGCUCCGUGAGAUUAUCCGUGAAGACGAACCUUACUCCCGUGUCACACUGCUCGAGUACCUCAAGCAGCUGCACCCUCACGAGUGGGAUUAUGAAACCUCUCAAUUCAACGGUGAAAUGGAGAAGACUGAGAAGGAUGUCGCUAAGAGUAAGAUCGACGAUCUUCCGUUCUAUUGCAUUGGUUUCAAAUCCGCUGCUCCAGAAUAUACUCUUCGUACCCGUAUUUGGUCUUCCUUGCGUUCGCAGACACUCUACAGAACCAUUUCCGGCUUUAUGAACUACAGCCGCGCCAUCAAGCUGCUUUAUCGUGUUGAGAACCCGGAAGUCCUGGAACGGGAACUGGAAAGGAUGGCUCGUCGCAAGUUCAAGAUCUGUGUUUCGAUGCAGCGUUAUGCCAAGUUCAACAAAGAAGAACGCGAGAACACUGAAUUCCUUCUCCGUGCCUAUCCCGACUUGCAAAUUGCCUACCUUGAUGAGGAAGCGCCAGAGAAUGAAGGUGAUGAGCCCCGCCUGUACUCGUCUUUGAUUGACGGACACUGCGAGCUACUCGAGAACGGAAUGCGGAAGCCCAAGUUCAGGAUUCAAUUGUCUGGAAACCCCAUUCUGGGAGACGGCAAGUCCGACAACCAGAACCACGCCAUCAUCUUCUACCGUGGUGAAUACAUUCAGGUCAUUGACGCCAACCAGGACAACUACCUUGAAGAGUGUUUGAAGAUUCGUAGUGUUCUUGCCGAGUUUGAGGAGUUGACAACUGACAACGUCUCUCCGUACACGCCCGGUAUCCCGUCAUCGGACGUCAACCCUAACGAACAAACAUUCGGUACCCUCUUCGCCCGUACACUUGCCGAGAUUGGUGGUAAGCUGCAUUAUGGUCACCCUGAUUUCCUCAACGCUCAGAAGGGUCUUCACCUGAACGAAGAUAUCUAUGCCGGUAUGAAUGCUAUGGUCCGUGGUGGUCGUAUCAAGCACUGUGAAUACUUCCAGUGUGGUAAGGGUCGUGAUCUUGGUUUUGGCUCUAUUCUUAACUUCACUACUAAGAUUGAGUAUUAUUAUCUUGGCACACAGCUGCCCCUCGAUCGGUUUUUGUCCUUCUAUUACGCGCAUCCUGGUUUCCAUCUUAACAACAUGUUCAUCAUGCUUUCUGUGCAGAUGUUCAUGAUCGUUCUGAUCAAUCUGGGAGCCCUGAAGCAUGAGACCAUCACUUGCAGGUACAACAAGAAUUUGCCAAUUACCGACCCCUUGCGCCCAACCUUCUGUGCCAACCUUGUGCCUGUCAUUGACUGGGUUAACCGCUGUGUCAUUUCCAUCUUCAUCCUUACAGAGAGAGGUGUUUGGCGCAUGGCCACUCGUCUCGCAAAACAUUUCGGCUCUUUCUCGUUCAUGUUCGAAGUGUUUGUCUGCCAGAUUUACGCCAAUGCUGUUCAUCAAAACCUGUCGUUUGGUGGUGCUCGUUAUAUCGGUACUGGCCGUGGUUUCGCGACCGCUCGUAUUCCGUUUGGUGUGCUCUACUCACGUUUCGCUGGUCCUUCCAUCUACGCCGGUGCGCGACUCUUGCUCAUGCUCCUUUUCUCCACGUCUACCGUAUGGAGUGCGGCUUUGAUCUGGUUCUGGGUUUCGCUGCUUGCUCUUUGCAUAUCGCCCUUCCUUUUCAACCCUCAUCAAUUCGCUUGGCAAGACUUCUUCAUUGACUACCGUGACUACCUUCGCUGGCUCUCUCGCGGUAACUCACGGUCUCACGCGUCUUCUUGGAUCGCUUUCUGCCGACUGUCUCGUACUCGCAUUACGGGUUACAAGCGGAAGCUCCUCGGCGUUCCUUCUGAAAAGGGAUCUGGUGAUGUCCCAAGAGCUCUUUUGGACGACAAGAGCCCGAAGAAUGCUAUUGCCCGAAUUGCGAUUGUGGCUUUUGGUCCCAUCGCCAUCAACGCUGGUGUUGCUGGCAUCAUGUGCUGCAAGAAGUUCGGUGCCGUCAUGUGUGUCUUGGGUAUGAUCUCGGCGGCUGCAAUUCAACGUUUUGUGUACAAGCUUAUCAUCUCGCUUGCCUUGACUCGUGAGUUCAAGCACGACCAAUCUAACAUCGCCUGGUGGACUGGAAAGUGGUACAACAUGGGCUGGCACUCACUGUCCCAGCCUGGUCGUGAAUUCCUGUGCAAGAUCACAGAGCUCGGCUAUUUCGCUGCUGAUUUCUUCCACUCCGUUAUUCUUUUCUGGCUGCGCCCAAGUCGUCAAAUCCGGCCUCCGAUCUACUCUUUGAAGCAGUCGAAGCUUCGUAAGAGAAGAGUGGUUCGCUUCGCGGUCCUCUAUUUUGCGAUGCUGCUCCUCUUCCUCAUCCUUCUUAUCGCACCGUUGGUCGUUCGCAAGUUGAACAUUAGCCUGCCCAGCAUCCCACUGGAUCUCUUACAACCGCUUGACGCGCAACACAACAAUACCAUCACUAGCUAUACCGGCUAUGGACUUCCGAAUGGCGACAGCGGAAUCCCGCCGUCGCUCUUAUACCUCCCUUCCGACCCCCGCUUUUUCGCCCUUUUGCGCUGCGAGCGCCGUGUUACCUUUUCCAUCAUGGAUAUCCAGGAGACCCAACGUCUCCUUUCGGAGUAUCUCCAUGAGCUUGCAGACCUCUUCCAUCGCGUUCCGGGUUCCGCGAUCUUUCUUCGCUACGUCAAAUCCAGCUAUCAAAAUGAUCCCAUUCGUUCUGCGGUUGAGCUCUUUCUAUUCCUAUUCGCGGUUCGCUAUUUGCUUGCUCCCAAGUAUUCGACCAAACCUGGAGUGGUCCAACUCUCAGAGGAUGAGAUCGACGACUUGGUAGACGAGUGGACUCCUGAACCACUUGUAGGAAAACCCACAGUCUUGGAGGAGAUGGAGGUCGAUAAGCGGACAGUAAUUGUUGGUCCAGUCGGCCCCAAGUCGAAACUGGCCAAUGGCAGAACCGUCGUUAACCUUGGCUCCUAUAACUUCUACAAUUUUAACACCAACGAAUCCCUCAAAGAGAAAGCUAUUCAGACUCUCCGCAAUUACGGCGUUGGUCCUUGUGGCCCCCGAGGAUUUUACGGCACUCAAGAUGUUCAUAUGAAGACGGAGGCGGACGUUGCCUCGUUCCUGGGUACUGCAUCAUGUAUCAUCUACUCCCAGGCCUUUUCCACCAUCUCAAGUGUUAUCCCCGCGUUCUCGAAACGUGGAGACAUCAUUGUUGCAGAUAAGGGCGUUAAUUUUGCUAUCCGGAAGGGCAUUCAGAUCUCCCGUAGCAUGGUUCGAUGGUAUGAACAUAACGACAUGGAGGAUCUGGAAAGAGUCCUUGCCAAGGUUACCAAAGAACAAGCCAGAAAACCACUCACGAGACGUUUCAUCAUCACGGAAGGUUUGUUUGAAUCAUACGGUGAUAUGGUUGACCUGCCCAAGAUCAUUGAGCUCAAACUGAAGUACAAGUUCCGACUCAUCCUCGACGAAUCGUGGUCGUUCGGCGUCCUCGGAAGGACCGGUCGUGGUGUUACGGAGCAUCAAAAUGUUGACGCGGCCGAAGUUGACAUGAUCGUGGGCUCGCUGGCCGGCCCCUUAGUUGCGGGUGGAGGCUUCUGCGCUGGUUCGGAGGAGAUCGUUCAUCAUCAGCGCAUUUCCGCCGCUGCUUACACAUUCUCCGCGGCACUGCCUGCUCUUCUUUCGACAACUGCCAGUGCCACAAUUAAUAUCCUUCAGAAUAGCCCUGAAACGAUAUCCCAGCUGCGGGAGCAUACCAAGGCCAUGUGGGCACAGCUUGACCCCCGUAGUGACUGGGUAUACUGUACUAGUGCUCCCGAGAAUCCUAUCAUGAUUUUGGCCCUUAAGCCUGAAGUGGUUGCUGCUAAGAGACUGUCGGUUGAAGACCAGCAAUUUCUGCUGCAGGAUGUGGUGGAUGAGUGCCUUGCAAAUGGUGUCCUAAUCACCCGCCUCAAGACCCUCCUAGAUAACUUUGAGCCGAAGCAGGUCGUUUACCCAGCAUUGAAGGUCUGCGUGACGACCGGCCUGACGAAGAAGGAGAUCGAGAAAGCUGGAACCAUUAUCCGUCAUGCUAUCACGAAAGUACUGAGCAAAAAGAAGUAA